GAGAGAGAGAGAGGGAGGGAGGUAGAGCAUCAAGUCACCAGGAGAAGCUCCACCAUCAUCACACUGAAGGUACGAGAGGCACAAGGAGACUAUAUUCCUCUAAAAUCAUGGAUGGGACAAAGCCGGCCAUGGAGUCCAACGCGGAGGAGACCCCGGAGGAGGGACAGGAGAGCAAAGGAUGCUUCGAGUGCUGCAUCAAGUGUCUUGGCGGGGUGCCCUACGCCUCCCUCGUGGCCACCAUCCUGUGCUUCUCAGGCGUGGCCCUGUUCUGCGGCUGCGGCCACGUGGCGCUGACCGGCACCCUGACCAUGCUGGAGAACAACUUCUCCACGGUGACCACCGACCACGCCACCCUCACCCUGGUGAUCCAAAUCUUUCAGUACAUCAUCUACGGCGUCGCCUCCUUCUUCUUCGUCUACGCCAUCCUCCUGCUGGCCGAGGGGUUUUACACCACCAGCGCCAUCAAGAAGGAGCUGCAGAGCGACUUCAAGACCACCGCCUGCGGACGCUGUAUCACCGCCUUCUUCAUGUUCCUGACCUACAUCCUCUUUCUGGCCUUCCUCGCCAUCUUCGGCUUCACGGCGAUCCCCGUCUUCCUCUUCUUCAACAUGUGGAGCACCUGCGCCGCCAUGAGGUCUCCUGACGCCAACAUCACCGUGCCCGACUCCAUCUGUGUGGACGUCAGGCAGUAUGGUAUUAUUCCCUGGAACGCCACUCCGGGAAAAGCUUGUGGAGCCACGCUCGGAGAAAUCUGUAACACGAGUGAGUUCUACCUGUCUUACCACCUCUACAUCGUCGCUCUAGCCGGCGCCGGAGCCACCGUCAUCGCACUGAUCCACUACCUGAUGAUCUUGGCGGCCAACUGGGCCUAUCUGAAGAGCGCCGUGUCCACGCACGAGUACCAGGACAUCAAGACCAAGGACGACCAGGACCUGGAGGCCGAGGCACGCUCCAAGGAGGGCCAGAACUCCUCCUCCUACUCAUAAGGAUGAGAGGCUGCUCUCCCGCCGCCACCCAUCUCCCCUCCACACCUCAACCCUCACCCCACAACACCCACCACCCCUCCGUCUGUUAAAACAAACCACCUCGGUCAUGUUUGAUAGUCCCCCAGCCUGAUGAUGCUCCAUCCUCUUCCCCUCCACGAUGUUUAUUGAGAGCUGUGGGAGCGUACCCGCAGCGGAGGGGAAGAGAAUAGAGGAUCGGGAGAAGCGGCAGGCCCAGAUGGAGGCAGAUGUUUCCGAACGGGAGCGCUCGCCCGCCGGGGUCGGGCUCAGGUACAGUACAUCGGUUCAGAAGCGUCUCCUCCCCCCCCGUGCUUUUGGGCGGCGGCUCGUGAACAUGGCCCGGCUGUGACGGCCUCGCGCCCUGAGCCAGCACAGCCUCUCGACACAGCCUAAAAAAAAAACAUUGUUCACUGUCUGCUUCGGCCACAGAGAAGCCAGGCAGCGACCAACUUCCUCCAUUUUUUUUGGUGUUUUAUAUGCAUAUAUAUAUGAAUAUGAAUAUAUUGUGCGAAUGUGUAUGAAUGUUGUUGUUUUUUUUAAUACUCUGAAAAGUAUGCCAGGUACUAUGAUGACCUUUUUUUCUUCUUUUACGUUUUUGCGCUCAUAGGUUUUUCUCUCCUUUACUUUUCUUCUCCAUCUUUAACUUUCUAUUUCUAAUGCUUGAUACGUGUUGCACUAUUUAAGAGACAAAAAAAACGAGGAGCGUGAAAAAUCCCUUAAAAACACAAAGCACCCCAGGCCCCCCCACCCCCUCGCUCAUAGAAGUACCUAAAAAACUCUAAUCAUGUACAUUUACAUCAAUCAACCGGAGACCAGAGGUGUAGCUCACUUUUUUUUUUACAAGGAAAGGUUUUGGGAAAGUUUUUAGAUGAGAACAUUGAUACCUCUCUCUCAUAUGUGUAUGUUAAGCUUCAAACACAAGACAACUAGCUGAAGGUCCGAGGGUCCAAAAUCCACCUGCCUACAUUUCUAAAACUCACAAAUGAACACAUUAUAUAUCCUUUGUAUAUUUUACACAAAAGCUUAAGUGUAAAAACAACAAGUUAUGGUUUACAGAGGAUUAUAGGCCAGAGUAUUUCUUGGCACGUGCAGCAAACUAGCUAAUGGCUAUUCUAUAAACUUACAUGCAACCACAGCUUGUAGUUUGAAUUUCACUUGAAUAAAAAAAAACUACUUUAUUACUAAUGUUAUUAAAUUAGUAAUUGAUGUUCUUUGAUGUUCUUUGAUGUUUUCAUCAUGAUGUUUGAUGUAAUAUCAAUCUUCUCAUCUAAAUCUUUGCAAGAAAACAACAUUAUUUCCCCAUUCUUUUUUAAAACUUUUGCUACACUUAUCACCAGCGGCAGCAAAAAUGAAAAAUAACUCUUUUCCGACUUGUUUUUCCGUAAAAAAAGACACACACACACACACACACACACACACACCUCAGGUAUCAAACCAAAUCAGAUAUUAGCCCGUUGCGUUCUUUUCCAAACACUUAUCUUUGCUGGAUUGAUUCGCUGUCCUGUGUGAAUUAUACAUUCAAUAUGAUUCCCUAAUUUUGUAAAACUUCUCCUUUUGUGAAUGAAGUUCACCUGUAAAUAGCCUAAUCACGAAAAAAAAAUCCGGAUUUACACGUCUCCCAGAAGGAGGAGAACACAAUCAGUGAUUUUGCCAUGCUCUUCUAUUAUUAUUAUUAUUAUUAUUAUUUUUCCACAAAUAUAUGUAAAUGUACCCUUUGAGAUAUGUGUUUAGCACUCAAAUACUAGUUCUGCAUUUGAUAUAAUAAUUGUAAUGUAACAUCUUCAAUGAUAUGUCGUGAGAGGGAAACAGUGCAGUCAUGAUAUGAUGGAUUGAGGUGCUUGUGACGUGUACAUUUUAAAAUGAUUUUAGAAAAAAAAAUGGGAAUUGAUUUUUAUCGUUUGAUCAGUUUUAGGCAGCUUGUGAUUCUGUAACAAUGAUUUUCAUGGAACUCGUCCGUGCUUAUUUUUUUCGAGUUGGAAAAACACGUCACUUUUUUUUUAUUCUUUCCUUUUUGCUUUUCGACGUCAUGCUUCUCAUAUGAGCCACAGAGACUGGUUUGGAUGUUUACACUCUGCAUAAAACAAAGUCAGGAAUUUUCAUACGUUGAUUUUAUAAUCAAAUAUGGUUUGAUAAUCAUAAACGAUAUUCCAAACGGAACGUCACCGGUUAGUUCACCCGUAAAAAAAACACUGAAGAAGACACAUUUCUUAACUUUGAUGGGAUGAAGCAUGUCGGUAUCGUCCAUGUGUGCAGCUGUCUAUUCUGUAUAAAAAAGGACUAUAUUGCCAUGUGUGUUAUGUUUGAUAAAUAUACGUGCUUUGCCGCCAGGUUGAUGUAAAGGCAAACUUCAAUUUCCUAUAAGACGAUGCGUGUCAGGGUGUUGUUGUUUCCUUGUUGUUUGCAUGAAGGAGACAUGACUGUGUCUUUGCAGUUUUUCAGGUGAUGUGUAGUCAAUUGUUCUGACAACUAUGGUAGGCGGUGUUUGACCCCUCCUCCUCCUCCUCCUCCCCCGUCCCCUUCUCCACCCACUCUUUUCUAAAGAAAACUCCAUUGUACUUUGAUGGCAUUGUAGUCCCCUGUAGGUGUUUUCAUUAUUGGUUUUAUUUUUUAAGUUGGAAAUAGUUAUAUGACUCCUAUAUAGUGAUGAUUUUUGUAACCUUCUCUAGUAAAACCGAUAUUUUUUAUUAUCGUGA